AUGCUACCUUUAAAUAAUGUCCAUUGUAUUAUUAAUCAAAUUAAUAAUCUCCAAUGUCUGAUUAAUCUUUGUUUUGUUUCAAAGAGAUUUCGUCUCAAUAUCACUUCAAGAAAGGAAAAUGUUGUUUCUAUUUCUGAUUCAAAUCUUUUUUCAAAUCUCAAUUCUUUACGAUUAUUAUCUCCUAAUGAUAAACUAAUCAAUGGUAUUGAUACAACAAUUGUAGAUUAUCCAAUCACUUAUGCUCAAUUUAAAUUAAUGUGGAAAAAUAAUAUGUCAUUUCGUCAUGUCUUAUUAAAACAUCAUGACAUCAACUCAAUUCAAACCUCUCAACCAAUUAUCAAUUUCGUUGUUCCAAAUAUUAUUAAAAGUAUUCAUGAACGUUGUUUUGUUGGAUAUACCCAAUUGUCUUCAAUUACUCUUUCUCCACCAAUACACAAAUUAGGUAUGUAUGCUUUUGACAAUUGUUCUUCACUUCAGAAAAUUAAUCUUCCAUCAUCACUCAUCGAAAUAGGCAGUCAUGCCUUUAAAGGAAUUUAUCCAAAUGCUCAAUUCACUUUUAAUGGGGAUGUAUGUUAUGCUAAUAUUCCUUUAUUUGUUUCAAAACAAUUGAUAAAACAAGGAGUUCAAUGUCCAAAUAUUCAAUUUACUCAAGAAGAUUUUAUGGGUAGUGAUCAAUUAAAUAUAACAAUUCCUUCAUGUUGUAAGUCUAUAGGCAGUGAUUGUUUUUGUCGUUGUUUUAAUUUAACUUACAUAAACCUUCCAUGUUCAAUAACAUCAUUAGAAACAAAUUGUUUUAGAGAAUGUUCUUCAAUUUCAACUCUCUCAAUCCCAUCUUCAUUAAUUUCAAUAGGAAAUGGUUGUUUCUUUAAUUGUGUUUCUUUAACUUCUUUGUCGUUUCCUGAUAAUUUGGUUUGGCUUGGUAUUGAUUGUUUACGUGGAUGUUCUUCUUUGGUAUCACUUCAUCUUCCUUCUUCUUUAUCUUCAUUGGGAAGAAGUUGUUUAGAAAAGUGUUCUUCAUUAACAACAUUAACUCUACCUAGUUCUCUCCGUUUUUUAAGUAGAAGUUGUUUUGAAAAAUGUACUUCUUUGAAACACCUUGCUUUACCAACAACAAUGACAUCUAUUGGAGAUGGUUGUUUUUACAAUUGUUUAUCAAUGACAUCCAUUACUAUUCCUUCUUCUGUACAAGUUUUUGAGAGGUUUUGUUUUGGUAAUUGUUCACAACUUUCAGGGAUGGGAAAUAUUCCUAAAGAGUGUUUUAAACAACGACCAAUAAAGUGUUAA